AAAACUCUGGUACCAGGCAGCAAGACCCGACAAACACCCUCCUCGAUUAGGAUAUUCUGCUCGAAAGAAGAGUGAUCGCCUCCUUCCUACUAUAAAGCCAGCCUCACAAUUUCUACCGACUUCUCAAUCUCUCUUCCUUCCUCUCCCCCUCCUCACCAUCGACAACAACAGUACGAACAACCUCCUUCCGUCUGCGUUUUACCAGCGCUCCUCCCUGUUUUCCAUCGUUUUUGUCGUUUAGCAACGUCUUAAAACCCUUCUUGCCAAAUUUUGGCUAAAAUCUGCGAGUUCCCCUUCUGCUCCCUUCAGAUCCGCUCCCACCUGCUACUCUCGUCCUCGAGACGCCCGCUUUUUUCUUCGCCUCCUCCUUGUUCCUUCCUCUUCCUCUCUGCUCUCGUACAUGAGCAAUGCAUAAACCAUCGUCACUUGUGUCCAAGAGUACAAAGAUCUCUGGCACAGCCAACCGAGAGAACGUUCCUCCCUCGAGGUCUUCUCGUGAGAAGAGUGCUCCUUCCUCGGAGGACUACUCCGGUAAUGGCCCAACUGUCGAGCCCUUGAAUAUCAGCUCGGCCCGAGAACUUGAUGAGCUAGUUCGUCUUAUGCUCCCUGCUUUUGAGGGGCGCGAGUCAGAAACCAACUGGAACGCACGUGAGCGCCAUAUCAACACUCUUCGGAGACUUACUCAGGGCAAUGCCCCAUCUUCCUUUCCGACGCAUUUUGUCAACACGAUCAAGAAUAUUUUGGAUGAUAUCUUCAAGGUUGUCAAUUCUCUUCGUACGACCCUCUGUACAACCGGCUGCAUCUUGUUGCAGGAACUCGUCAGGAGGCUCGGCCCUAAAGCUGAUCCCUGGAUCGACAUAAUGCUUAAUAAUCUUCUUAAACUUUGUGCAAACAUGAAGAAGCUCAGCUCCCAAGCUGCGAAUGAGACCAUCAUCGUUGUGAUUAGCAAUGUUUCAUACUCCACGCGCCUGUUGACUCACAUCGUUAGCGCUGCAACAGACAAGAAUGUGCAGGUUAGACUGCACGCAGCGAGCUGGAUGAGAGAAGUCAUCCUCAAACAAGCACACAACCCUGCUUCUAUCGAGCACGGUAAUGGCCUUGGUAUUUUGAAUCAGGCUAUCAGGAAGGGACUUUCCGAUGCCAACCCCGGCGUCCGCGAGGCUAUGCGUAAAGCUUUCUGGACUUUUGCCGAGACGUGGCCCCAAAAGGCUCUUGAAACUUUGAACGAUUUGGACCCUAAGUCCAGGUCACUCUUGGAACGUGACCCCGCCAACCCAUCUGCCAGCACCCGACAGACUGCGGCGGCUUCUAACACCGGUGCUGGCAUUCGGGCUACAGCGACCCGCAAUAAAACCACCGGACGCACCACUAAUACUACUACUACUACUACCGGACGUACAACUAUGACUCGUCCUGCCACUGCUGCUGGGCACGCCUUGGCUUCCGAGUCUACUGCCUCUACUCGUUCUGCUCCCACUCGCCCUGCUUCCUCUGCGGCUCGUCAUGCGAUCAGCGCCCCUGAUCGCGUUUCAAAGUCUGAGGCUUCGAAUUCGAGUCGUUCCGCCAAUCUGACCCGCGGUACCGCUGCCCAUGGUACCGCCACAUCCCGCAGCGUAGUUACUUCUGCAGCUACAGCAUCCGGUACAACUAAAUCUGUAUCCAGCUCCAACCUAAAGACUUCUUCUCUGUCGUCGGCGCCUCUGCGCCCGAAAAUCAAGCGCACUGAACAGCCUCAUACCGCCCCCAACCACGUGGGACAGAAAACGGCAACUUUGGCUUCUACUAUAUCUCGCGUUCCUCAGUCUCCUAUUUCGAAGCCUUUGCGGAUGCCUUCUACUCCUCCUUCUCAUAUAUCUUCUCCUUCGAUUUCAUCGAAAGUGGGAAGUGCCCGUUCGAAAAUACCUGUCUCGCCGCGCAUGGCGUCCACAAUGAGGGCGACACCUAAGACUGACGUGUCCUCACCGUCUCCUGCUUCAAAUAAGGGCCUUUUCCAUUCUAAGGUUCCUAUUUCACCAGGGAUAGCGACUGCUUCGAAGUCGAGAGACGCGAACAACUCUCGUCGUCCUAUGAGACCGGCACCCCUUGACAUGAGCAAGAUAACAUCUCCAGCUUCUUCAGUUUCGGCCAUCGGAAGCCCAUUGGAGCUUCCUUCACCUCUCAUAUUAGAUGCCACUGACGGCGGCUUUCCUCCAAACAAUCGACAAGGACAUAGCAACAUUGUCGAAACUUCUGCAUCUCCCCACAAGGGCAACCUUAUGUCUCCUCUUCCACUCUCCUCGCCGGCUCUUAUUUCUGAACAGGUUGCUGAAGAAGGUGUGCCCUGUGAUUUGAAUAUUGAAUCUCUUACUCAAUCUUACAACGAUGUCGAUCCGGAAAAUCGUAAUCUUCCUUCACAACCGCAAUCGCUACCGGCUCCUGUCCCGGGACAGGCUGCCGAAGAGGUUUCCGCUUCGACCGAACCACCGUACUCUGCGUCUGCUGUUUCUUCACCAAAAGGUACAGCUAUCUCUCCUAAUUCAAAGGCCCCUUCGCCAAACAGCAAGAUUCUCAUACCCAUUGAAAAUGCCUCCUCUCCUAAUAGCAAGAAUUCGUCGCCAACUCUCAAAGCGAACCACGCAAUUUCUUCGCCUGACGUAAAGGCUUCUUCUCCUAAGAGCGGUGCCUCUUCUCCCGAGGUUAAAGCUUCUUCUCCUAAGAGCAGCGCCUCUUCUCAAAACAAAGUCUCUCCGAGAACUGAACCAUCUGCUUCGCCUAAGUCCGCUUCUACGAAACAGACUUCCGAUAAAGUGCCAUUGCGCAGAGUCAUUGCAGGCAGACUUUCUAUGGCACAACUUAUAUUUACGGACGAUACUGCUCAUCGUCGAUGGGUGAAAAUUGAAGCUGCAGCUCAUCGACGCGCUAUAAUGCCGAGAACUAAAGAUCCGGAAGAAGCCCGUCAGCUACUUGCCAAGGGCAUUACCGGCAUUCGCAACCAAACUAUCGAUAUACUUGGCUACAGGCACUUGCAAGGAUUGAUUGCUGCCCAUGACAGAUUCUUCAAGGAUGAACCACUGUAUGACGAGUUGCUGUUUGCUUUGUUUGAAGAACUCGAACGUCCCACGGAAGAAAAGACCGAACCACUUGGACGACCAUUCGAUAUUAAAACUCAGGUCCUGAUGACCCUCCGUUUCAUGUUUCGUUAUGGUCAACUUUACUUCAAGGCCUUUUAUCCCCGGGCAAUGGCGGCACUUGUGAACACCAGGCGGAAUUACGACGAUAAGGCCCAUAUUGUGAGCGGUCUUAUUAAAAGCGCUUUCGACAUUGCCGAAGUUUGUGAUCCUGAGGACGUCGUCGAAAGCGUCCUAGAUUUCAUCGAUUCAGAACGCUGUCAUGCAGAGAAUCGUAUCGAUAAAUUACUUCAGGAUCCUGUUACGAAGACAAAGUGUGAUCGGUCAAUGCUCUUCGGGAUCCAGAUCCUCGGCCAUCUGCUUUGGAAAUACGAUAACAAGAAAGUCUCUCCUCCUCAGCAGUUGAUUGAACGCAUUGGGUGGUUCGCCGGAAAAAAGCUCAAUGAUGAGCAGUCGCCUGUCCGACAAGCUGCUAUCGAUCUCUGCUUGCAGCUAUACACCCAUGUCAGAAACGAGCAGCGUUUCUUUAAGAUCCUUGGCAGCCCAAGGGAGACGUACAAGAACCUGCUCACCUACUACAUCGCGCGCUUGGAAUAAGCGCGGGGUCGGCUUUUUUGGGGUUGUAUGUUUUAUUGUUUUCUUUUUUUUUUUUUUCAUUGUUACUAUCAUGUAUUUCAGCGCUUGCAUGAUUAGGUGUUGGUUGUCGUUCGUUUUGGGAGGGGAUUGGGUUGGCGUUUGGGUUGUUUUUUGGGGUUAUUAUUAUACCACUUUUAUUUUUCACGCCCCAGUGAUGUAUAUAACUUGUUUGUUCAACAUCACUGCACAAUGAAUGGUAACUAUUAUCAACAUAUUGGCCUUGUCAAUGGCUUUGACAGCAACAGCUUUUUUUCAAUUUGUAUAGUGUAUCUAAGAUAUAUU